GAGCAGUGCGCGCGCACAGCGGCAGGUGCGUCCCCCUCAGCAUCUGCGUGACGCCGCCCAGGGCCGCUGCUUUUAAGCGCAUGAGCCUCAUCAUCUACGCUUAGUGACUGAUCGCGAGGUUUCGAGUUUCAGGCCUGGAACGUGGAUAUGAACUCUGAUGUGGAGUACGGGGGCUCGGCCAGCAGCGGGAACGGCAAACUGCGCCAAUGGCUUAUAGACCAGGUGGACAGUGGCAAGUACCCGGGCCUCGUGUGGGAGAACGACGAGAAAAGCAUCUUCAGAAUCCCCUGGAAGCACGCGGGCAAACAGGACUACAACAGGGACGAGGAUGCCGCGCUAUUUAAAGCCUGGGCUCUGUUCAAAGGGAAGUUCCGCGAGGGCAUCGACAAACCGGACCCUCCAACCUGGAAGACGCGCCUGCGUUGCGCGCUCAAUAAAAGCAAUGAUUUCGAGGAGUUGGUGGAGCGCAGCCAACUGGACAUCUCAGACCCAUACAAAGUCUACCGUAUCAUCCCGGAGGGUGCCAAGAAAACUCUUUUUGUUUCUGCUUUUUCAGGGCCUAGACCAGAGGACAGUCCCCUGAGCCCCAUGCUGUAUCCAGUACAGUCUCCAUACCCCACCCUGCAGGCUCAGAUGCAGCCGUACAUGACUCCCUCAGACUGUGGAUGGAGGGACUACUGUCAGGAGCAGGAGCUGUCCUAUGCCCAGUGUCCCUUUCCCCCACACAGCCUGCAAUGGACAGCAGCUCCUCCCAUGGACAAUGGGUACCAAAUAAGGGCCUCCAUCUACUCAUAUGGUCCCUCUGAUAGUCAGCAGCUCCCCUUUGGUCUGGACCCCAGCAUAAGACCUGCAGAUCCCCUCACAGACCCACGCCUUCAUGUGUGUGUAUUCUACCGGGACACACUGUUCAGGGAGGUGACCACCACCAGUGUAAAAGGCUGUCACAUCUCCCCGUGCAACCCGGAGGAGAAACACUUCUUUCCCCCAGGAGGACCAGAGCUGGUGGCCCUCCCGGUCAGGUGCACAUCACCACACAGCUCUGAGGAGAGCCCACCCACUCCCCCUGCCAGCCUGGACCAAGGGGUGCUGCUGUGGAUGGGCUCUGACGGACUGUAUGCCCAGAGACUGUGUCAGAGCAGAGUGUACUGGCAGGGAGGACAGAGCCCAUUUGGAGACAAACCCAACAGGCUGGAGCGGGACGUCCCAUGUCGACUGCUGCACACCCAGGACUUCAUCUCAGAGCUCCAAAGCCUCGGGCUGCAUGGGCGGCCGCUGCCUCGCUUCCAGGUGCUGCUCAGUUUUGGUGAUGAGUGUCUGGACCCACAGAGACACAGAGGGUCCCUCACAGUCCAGGUGGAACCACUGUUUGCCCGUCAGCUUCUGUACUAUGCACAGCAGACCAGCAGCCAUUAUUACCGUGGAUACGAGCACCCAGGACUCACAGAGCACAUUGCCCACCCAGAGGACUAUCAAAGACCCCUCACACACCACAGCAGUAGCCUGCAGGACUGACCUCUGCUGGGCCAAGAGACUUAAAACUACUGAAAAACAGAAUAUGGACAGUAUUAGACUAAUGUGUUUUGAUGAUAAAGUUAAAGGGCCUAUAUUACACUAUUUAUUACAUUAUAUCUAUGUUAUAAUGUUGUUUUCUCAUCAAACCCUACCUGAAGUUGUGUUUUUUUUCAUUCACACAUAUUUAACACACAAACAGUGCAUAGGUGCAGGCUUUGUGUGUUAAAUAUGGUAAUGCAGGAGGUGCUCCACUGUGUUUUUACACUCUAUACACCUUCACUAUAAUUAUUUGUAUAUUUUUAUCUCUGGAAUUGUCAAUCUCUGUUAAACAAAAGGUAAAAAGUUGUUAACUUGAAAACUACCACAACAUGACAUCACAAGACGGAAUGGAGGAUUUUGAGCUUUUUAGACGGAUAUUAUUAUUAUUAUUAUUAUUAUUAUUAUUAUUAUUAUUAUUAUUAUUAUUAUUGAUUUCUCAAGCAUGUGUGAAUGAAACAAAACACAACUCCAGGUAUGUUUUUUAGGAUGUAACAACAUUAUAACAUGUCUUAAAGUGAGUCAAUUUAGUGUAAUAUAGGACAUUUAAUUUCUGGAUUCCUGAAGUUGAGCUAUGCUCUAUGUACAUAAAAGGAACUUUACUAUAGGAAUGACCACAUGCACAACAGACUGCCCCAGUGGGAUUUAAUGGGUCCCUGUAUAGGACCAUGAGAUGAUCAAAGUGUACCUCAACCAUACAGUAUUUUAAUAUUUCAGCAAAACGCCAUACUAGCUUUUGUGUUCAAACUUGAAAACGCUGCCUUGUUGUCUUAAGUUAUAUUGUUGUACAAAGACAUUUUUAUGAGACACUAUAUUUACAAAAUCUUGUUGGAAAAUGCAAUGACCUGUGCCAAAUGACUCAGGGAACCUUAUAAGCUUUGUAAUCUGUAUCACAUAUCAAUUUUCAUGAUAUUUUCCAAUGCUGUAUCUGAGAAAUGUAUUAUAGAUGACUGAAAAAUCUGCUGUAAAGACAACAAGCAAUAAACGGCUACAGUGCCCAAACUGUAAGAGGAAA